AUGGCUGUUUCUCCUGCAUGUGACUUUGAAAUUCCAGAAAUCAAUUAUUUAAGUACUAGAGAUUUUCAAGGGAAAUUAGUAAUUUCAUCUGAAUAUAGGGAUUCCUUUUUUUUAGAAAAUCAUAUUGAUUCGUCUACUAUAGAUUUCAAAAAUCUUGAUUGGAUACCUGAUGCAGAUCAUCUAAUCAACAACUCAUUUGUAGAUGUCGUUUAUUUUGAAAUAAACUGUCCAAGAGUUGAAUUGAUACUUUUUUCAAAAUCAUCACCAUCUAAAGAGUUAACUAAUGCAGUUAAGAAUGCUUUAAAAGACAAAAAUCCUUAUCGAGAGCUGAUAAAAGUAUUCGAAAACUUUGGUCAUUUCUUACCUAAGAAGAUCGUACUCGGUCAUAAAUUAUAUUCAAUGUCAAAAAAUUUAAACUGUUCUAACAUGAGUAAAAGAUCUCCUAGAUAUGUAAUGCUUGAAAAAUUUACGACAGUUGAUGAUUUUACAUCUGAAAAGUAUAAUGACAUUAUUAAUAUAUGGGAAAAUCAUAUGAAAUUUCAAAAAUUUGAUUCAUCAUCAUUAAUUUCAAUUACUGGUGAUCCUGUUAAAAAAAAUGUUGUAAAAGAUUGGGCAAUUUCUUGUCUAAAAGGUGAUUCUAAUUCAUGGCAAAUUAUCAGUUGGAAAGAAAUAUAUCCCUUAUACGAAAUUUUAGAUGAAAAUUUACGUAAUGAAGUCAAAAUGAUUAUCGGUAGUGAUGAAUCUGGAAUAAAAGAAAAAGUUCUCAUGUCAGGUUUAAUACAAAUUGAAAAUUCGAAAAAUUAUAAUGUAAAUUUUGAAUAUCCUCUAGAAUCAAAAAAUUAUCAAAUUUUUGGAAAAAUCAUUAAGCAAGAUGGAACUCUAUUUGAUAAUGCUGAUGUUAAAUUUAAAUCCAAGACUAAUCUUGAGUUCGAAGCAAUAGUUGAAACCUUUUCAGAGGAUAAAAUCAAGAAUUUACAAAUAUCUUGGAUUUUAGUCGGAAUACCAGCUGAAAUUGGGAUUUAUAGCUCAAAUACACGAAACAUCUCCAUUUUAUUUGCAGGUAGAUACCCAUUUGUCCCCAAGUUAGGAGGAAUUGAUAUUCAAUUAAAAACUCCGAAUUUACAUUCGGAUGCGAUUCUCGUUACUUCAUUUGCAUACCCUAAAUUAAACCUCAAGCAAUAUUUUACGGUAAAGGCUAAAAAUUACAACGAUGGAAUAAUAAAUGCUAAUAUUUUUGCUAGAGAAGAUAUUAAUAAUGUAGCCGAAGAUUAUAACCAUGAAAAUCCUGUCGAGACUCCUGAACUUCAUUGGAAAGUUCUAUAUUUUGAAGAUAAUAAUGACGAAAAAAAUAAUAAUUUGAGGGCAAUAGGUCAAACUAUUUGCGAGGACUUAAUGCCAAUCUAUGAAAAUACUAUUAUCAACGAAUUGGAUUUGAGCUACAAGAAACUUGAUAGUGUAUUAGUUAAACAUUUGGUCGAAGAGUUAAAUUCCAAUAAGACUAUCACCCACUUAAACUUAAGUGAUAAUGAUAUUGGUUUAGAAAUUGGAAAGAAUAUUGUGAAGGCUUUAGAAAAUCACGAUACUAUCACUCACCUAAAUUUAAAAUCGACUUAUCUUAUGUCAGAAGUACUCAUUAAUCUGUUGAAGAUGUUAAAAGGUAAUAAAACCCGCAUUAAGGAGUUGGAUUUAAGCCAUAAUGGUGAUAAAUUUUGCAGAAGAGGGAAAAGUAUAGUGGAUGCUUUAACGAGAAAUACGACUCUUGUCAGUUUAAACUUGAGCCACAAUACUAUUGAUUGGUCUUCGGUAAAAUUUAUUGAUUUAAAAAACAAUAAAUCCUUAAGAAAUUUAGAUUUGAGCAAUUGUAAUAUUAAUGCUGAAGUAGUAACAGAGUUGGUAAAAUUAUUGAAAAAAUUAUCGAAUAUUCCUCUUAAAGAAUUGAAUCUAAGUUUAAAUAAUCUUACAUUUACAUCAGAAAGUUUAAUAGCAGACAUCUUGAAUUCAAAUAAAACUCUUACUAGUUUAAAUUUGAGAUCAAAUAAGAUUAUUGCUUCAGUAGAGUCUUUGGAAAAAGGAAGAACCUACGACAGAGUAGUCAGUUCUUUGAGUGCAAAAAAUUUGUCGAAUGCGUUAAGAGCAAAUAAAACUCUUAAAAAGUUGGAUAUGAGUUCCAAUUAUAUUAGUCUCGAAGCAGGAAAAAAUUUAUUAAGAAGUUUGCAUUGCAAUAAAUAUAUUACUGAAUUAAAUUUAGGCGACAAUGAUAUUAUUUCCGAAUUAGGAGAUCAAAUAUUACAAAUUUUAAAAAACACUAUAACUAGCAUAAAUUUAAAGUCAACAAAGAUUAAUUCCGAAACAGUAACAUGUAUAGCUUAUUUGUUGAAGGCCAAUAAAAUCAAACUUCGCACAUUAAAUUUGAGUCAUAAUGACAUUAAUAAUUCUGCAGUAGUAGCUUUAAUAGAAUCUUUGGAAGAAAAUACGCAUCUCGAGGAAUUGAAUUUGAGCAACAUUAAAGGCGCAAGACGAAUGGGACAUGAACUUGAAAAGUCCUUAACCAAAAAUCGAACACUCAAAAUUUUAAAUUUAAGCGAUUGUAAUAUUUCUAUCAAUGUUGUACAAGCCUUGAAAAAGUCUUUACAAACAAAUUGCACUCUUAUCGAUUUAGAUCUAAGUUAUAAUGGCGUUUCAAUGAAUAGCUUUGUGGAUGUUUUAGAGACAAAUAAAACACUCGCUAAACUUAAUCUAAGUUAUAGAGAAUUUGAUAUGGAUGAAGCAAGAUCUUUGGCAAGGACUUUAAAAAACAACAACACGAUUACACAUUUAUUUCUAAUUGAAACCAUAUUUAAACCUGAAAUUGGGUUAGUUUUGGUUGAAGCUUUAGGCGUAAACCAAAAACUUAUCGAGUUAGAUCUAAGUAAAAAUUAUAUUAAUUCUCAAAUUGCAAAAGCUUUAGUUAAAGCUUUAGAAACCAAUGCAUCUAUACGAAAAAUUGAUUUAAGGUCCGAGCAACUCGAUCAAAAAACAGCAAAUGAAUUAAAAAAGGACAAAUUUUUGGUAUUUCCUUCUCGUGACACACAUGUAAUAGAAGUUAAAUGA